AUGAAUGCAGAACAAAAUUCUGCCAACGUGUGUCUAUUCAUGUUGGAGUACGGACCAGGAAGAAGCUUAGCGAUGCGGAUUCCUUCACAAAUCCAGGACGCUGCAAGAGAAACGCUCCCGGUUCUAUUGUCGCGGAAGAAGUUUGCCUUUGCAUCUGCGGAAACAAAAUCCACGUACGAUUCUGCAUGUGUCGCGCGCAGCACUGGUGAUUUCAGGCAGGAAAAGCGUCUUAGAAGAAAGCUGCGUCGUCAACUGCAACAAGACCGCGGUAACGAGUGGACGUCAAGAGCGAUUGAGUUUGAGAAGGAGUGA